UAUAACACACGCAGUUCUCGUGUUUAUGUCUUGCUAUUGUUUGUAAAAUACACACAUAAAAAUGAAGCGUAAAUGAUAGCUUUAAAACUACAUAUCGCUUCGGUAGAAGAUUACAAUGAAGGAUCUAAAUAUAAAAUAAAAUUUAAUAGACUGUCAUUGUUGCAAUUUGUACGAGAUAACACUUUUAAAACGAAUAAGCGUAACAUAUAAAUAUCGUGCAAAUUACGGACUAGCAAAAAUGAAUUUCCUACAAGCAUCAUUAUUCUGUGGAUUCCUUGCAUAUGUUAUAUAUUAUUUACAAUCUGAAAAGAAGACGGUCAUCGGGACAGAAAAAAAUAACGAUACGUAUGAUUAUGUUAUAGUAGGUGCCGGAAGUGCUGGAGCAGUAUUAGCAACCCGGUUGUCUGAGAAUCCGGAUGUUACAGUUUUGUUACUCGAAGCAGGCGGUGACGGAAGUGACAAUGCUGAGAUGUUUGAUACUCCGCUGAUGACUCCACUUUUAACGCGGUCGUCCUCUGACUGGCAGUAUGAGAGUACACCACAUGAACCAGGUCUUUACAUAAAUAUGAACCGAGAAAAACAUACAUAUAUAUCAGGUAAAGUACUUGGCGGAAGCAGUAUGUUCAAUUACAUGCAGUAUGCUCGAGGUAGUCGCCACGAUUAUGAUGAAUGGGCCGAUAGCGGCUGUCGUGGGUGGAGUUAUAAUGACGUGCUCCCUUACUUUCUCAAGUCUGAAGAUUAUUUGGUACAGGAAGGCAAACCAAGUAAAUAUCAUAAUAAGGGGGGACCGCUAGGUGUUAGUAAAGAAACCGGUUUUCCUGAAUUAACGAAAAGAUUUAUUGAAGCUGGUAAAGAAUUAGGAUUUAAAGAGGUGGACUAUAACGGUGAAGAUCAGAUAGGCUUUGGAGUGAGUCAAGUUAACACCAGGAAAGGUAUUCGAGCAAGCACUUUAAAUGAAUUCCUCCGACCCGCAAUGAGUCGUAACAACUUGCACAUUUCUACGAAUUCUCAUGUUACAAAAGUUAAUUUUCUAGAGAAAAUGGCUACUGGAGUAAGUUACAUCCGUAAUGGUGUAAAACAUACAGUUAAUUCAAAGAAAGAGUUAAUUUUAUCGGCUGGAUCAUUCCGCACACCACAGUUGCUAAUGCUUUCCGGUAUUGGUCCUAAAGGCCAUUUAGACAGUUUUAAAAUACCUCUUGUGAAAGAUCUACCUGUCGGUGAAAAUUUGCAGAACCAUCUCAUGCUAUUUCAUCCGUCGGAUAUAAAUAUAACACAUGAAGGGAUAACAAAUUCGAAACUUCAAGAUCCGCAAACUUAUCUACAAUAUCUAUUGUUUAACUCUGGAUACCUUGCAUCAACUGCGUUUGUUGGCGAGGCUUUUGUGAAAUUAGAAUUGAAAUUAGAAUUGCAGAAAGUAAAAUAUCCUGAUAUUCAAUUAAAUUUUGGAGUUUUACAACCAUGUUUGGAAGAUUUCGUUAUAAACUCAACUCUACUUGAAAGUGUUUAUAGACGCACAUCUGUCCCAGGCAUUGUAAUUCUUAUCACAAGCCUGCAUCCUAAAAGUCGCGGGAAAAUUUUGUUGCAAAGUACUGAUCCUUUUGACUAUCCAAUUAUUGAUCCACAUUACAUGGAAAAAAGAGAUGAUCUUAAGGUAUAUAUUGAAGCUAUGAAAUUUGUCGAACGGGUUUUUGACACAAAACCUUUAAAAGAGAUAGGUGCUGACUCUAAACGGUUUAAGGAUGCCAAGUUCUGUUCAAUGUUUGUGUAUAAAUCAGAUGAAUUUUAUGAAUGUUUGAUCAAACAUUUGAUACAAAUGCAUAACCACCAGAGCUGUACUUGCAAAAUGGGUGCCGAAAAUGAUAAAACUGCUGUUGUGGACCCAUUUCUAAAGGUAAAAGGCGUUGAUCGACUAAGAGUAGUUGAUGCGUCAGUGAUACCAAAUCUUACUUCCGGUAACACGAACGCGCCCGUGAUCAUGAUAGCAGAAAAAGCCGCUGAUAUGAUCCUUGGAAUCGAUUCUGUUAAAGACAUUAGAAAACGGAUAAACCAAAUUUAGACACAAAUAUUUACUUGUAUAUUGUAGAAGACUUAACGUCGUCAAUGUAAAAAUAUGUA